AUGUGCACUCCGGCGAGUCCAUCUACAACCGCGUCGUCAACGCCUGCGUCUAUCCUACUGGCCCUGAACCCAUGGUGUAAUUGCUUGGUUGAUCGCGCCGGUUCUGGCGCUUCACAACGAGUACUGGCUCUCAAAGCUAUUCCGCAGUUCUUCCAUCAGAAUUCCUUGAGAUCCGUGGAUCUUGGACUUGCCCGUCUUCUGAGCCUGCUUCACGCCCACUCUGUUCUAUGCACGCGUUGCCUCGACAAUGAGUCAUGUUUAAGGCACGCGUGCGUGCGUGCGUACGUGCAGCCGAGUGCGUCGUCCAACCAGCGCGUUACGCGUGUCGCGCCGCAGAGGAACGCCCGCGAACGUCGCGCCUGCUUCCGACCGCUAACAAUUGAUUGGCCCGCGUUCUUUAAAAAACAACAUCGCCGAUCCGCCUGUCGGUGUAUCCGCUGGCCUUGGAUGCAGCACCUGUGUUGGCACUGCCGUGUUGGGCAACGGCAACUCACACAGCCCCCUCGAAACUGUUCGUUCGCGACCCCUGUAGGAGGCCAUCUUAAUGUCGCCGCUCCACGGACCCACUUUCAAACCGAGCCGUAUUCCGGCCAUGUCCGGCUGUUUUCCCUCUUGAUGGUAUUUACUCCGGUCCCUUUGCGUCUCUCGCUCGCGCGCGCGCGCUCUCUCUCCCACCGACAUCUUCCCCCCCCCGCCCUCGCCACUGUCGAAAUUGCAACGCAAGGCAUGUCAGCUUUGACUCAGCGACUGCCUCGGCCCGCGCGUUACUCCCACCGGCCAAAUGCACUGACAGAGAAACUUUCCAGUAGCUCGGUGCCGCGCGCCUGUAGGACGGUGUUCUUCUUUUUUUUUCAUCUUCCUCGGUUGAAUCACCAGCGUGCUUCCAUGUUUGUGACAGCUCUAUGCGAAAAUUUCGUGUCCCUCCUGUCCACCACACGGAACCGUGUUCUUCUCACGAAGCACCUCAACGCUGACUUCCUUCGGGGAUUGUAUGAGGAGCGUUUGGGACGACAAGAAUUUGCUUUGUUUUGGCGUGACAAGUUCAAGGUCGCCGCCUUCUUUGGUGGAUCAGUUUCCGCGCAUCUGCUUCCUCAUCUUCUCGCUCAGCGGAUUCAGGGCCUGGGCCGUUGCUCGCACCAUGUGGAUGCGUUAACCAUAGUGUCGGCAGUAGCGGUUUACUGGGUAUCUGCUGCGUGCCUACGUGAUUUGCCAAAACCGUUUGGGUGGCGGUUUUCGGAUGACAUGGUGGUGUUCAAGGUUCCCCAUGGCGCUCCGGCCGCAUCUCCACACGGUAAACGCUCGUCGGCUGCGGCUGCGGCGGCGUCCGUCGACGGCAUCGUCAACAACUCGCCCUCCUCCGCCUACGCCGCUGGUCUGCAGGCGGCUGCGGCGGCAGCCAUUGGCCUCGGUCACCUGGCGGACCUCUCCGCCGUCUACCGCCAGGCCACCUCGGAUCAGGCAAGUAACCCCACUCCUGUCUUGCACCCCCUCACCUCCUCCCAUCAUGCAGUAGUCGUGAGCUUCGUGGGCGAUUUGAUUGGUGGACUCGAGAGAGGACGGGCUAAGCUCAUCAGGAGUGGAGCGCGCGCAUCGAUCCCAAGUGAGUGCGCGUUUCAAGAUGUGCGCGCGUGCGCGCUUUGCGCCGACAACCGCGUCGUCGCCGCCGCCGCCGCCGCCGCCACACCGCCCGCCCCCUCCCCGACGUUGUCGUCGAAGCCGCCACAGAGAGAGAACGCCCUUGCUCCCGUGCUCAAUCAACGCACGCGCGUGGUGCGCACUUGUGCGUGUGUCUGUCCACGCAAAACACCCUCCACACCAAGUCGAAAAACCCGCACCCUGCUUAUCGGUUCAAUCUACACGUGUACUGCACAGUGGGAUUCCCAGCUAACCGGUCAGACGCUCGACUUAGUACAGGCGUCUUCAAUCCGGGCUGGAUGUUACCCGAAGGUAUGUCCACUGGAUGUGGAUGAUGUCCACACCUCCGCCUCGACGUUUUCGGUGCUUCCAUGGCCGAAACUGCUCAGGUGUCACGGCAUCACCGUGGCAUUGACAUCAGCUCUCCCAAACCUGCUCUCCCCCUCUACCGUAUGCACUCCCGCAAAAAAAGUCGCUGUGCAACGUUUUUUCCUUGACCUUGCACGCGCACAGCAACCUGAUGUUCCCGGCUGUGAUACCCAGCACCUCUGCCGCGUGCUAGUCUGUUUCGACUCUGCUGUCUCGGUGCUCUCAAUUCCCGCCCUGGUCACUCGUCUCAGCUCUCAGACAUCUCUCAUUGGCCAGCGGUCAUGUGAACCAGUGGCUUCGGCUGUGUUCGCUUGCGUGCACGCGGAUCGUGGUGGUGCCGACAAAAAAGCGAUUUUUCUGAUCCAGUCGCUUGAUGAGGCAGGAGAAGGAUUCAGCGCGCCGAAGAUAGCCACCAUCAAACAGACGCGAGCACACACACACAACCACCUCCGCGUCGUGAUUUGCGUCACCCCUGGCUCGCAUUGUUUUCCUUAUAAGGUGACCACCACCGCCGCCUCUCCACCCCCAGGUGAAGUGCUAAUUAAGACCCAUCAUCUCGUGCCUGUGGUGUGCUUGCGUGCUUCAACUGGAAUCACGCCGCCACCGCCGCCGCCGACGAUGACGACGACGACGACGCCUGCGUGCCAGGUGCCUUCGAGUUAG